GUCUAGGCCGGGGGCUGAGGCAGCUAAGCCAGACAGGGGCUGGCGUGGGCUGGCGUUGGCUGGCGGGGAGCUUGGCAGACAUUACUGUUGCACAUUUGCACAUACUCGUUGUCUGCAUACCGCCAGGAUUCUUUCUCCGCCAUGGCUGGCUGACACCUCCUCCGCUCGCAUCCAUCGCAAGAAUGCUUGACAUCACGAUUCGAUAGGGAAUGUUGCCUCCAGGGAACAAAACCAUCCGCCAUGCCGCGCUCGAGGCCGCCGUCUCCCCUGCCGUGACAGUCCGCGGCCGUCAAUGCAACUGGACCAGCCCAUGGGCACCCCGGUAUGGAAACAGCGCCUGGAAAUCAAAGCCAACAUGGACCCGGCUCCCGUCACGGACCGGCGACGCAGCUGUCGUUUCUGCCGCAGUCGCAAGUUGCGCUGCUCCGGCGCCAGUGUCUGCAGCGCCUGCAAGGACCGCCAGAUCGAAUGCCUUUAUGACCAGGGUGGGCCCAAGGGUCGUCCCCGGGCCUCGGGUGCCCGCACCAGCAGCCGCCUGGUUGAGCCCGUCAUGAAGAAGGCCCCCUGGACGUCGCCCCCGAGUCCGUCGGUGGCCGCGGCGACGGGUCAGCUCUUCUCGCCGCGCCUUAAGAGCGUUGCGGAGGCAUUGGUGGAGGUGUCGGCGGAGAUCCAGGAGAAGCUGCAGGGCCGUAGUAUGGAGAGUAUGCCGAUGAGCCAAGCUGGGUCUCCCCGACUGCCCCCGGCCAAGCUUGGCUGUCGCGAGCUCAUCAUGGUGCUCACCCAGGAUCUCGUCGACGCUACCGUGGCCCGCUUCAGCGGUCUCGACUGUCUCUCCUUCUUCCCCGACCAGGGCCAUUUCUUCCGACAGGGAUGGGCCUUGAGCUCCAAUGGAUCGCCCAAAGCCCUGGAGCCGGCGCCACUUGCCGCUUACAACAGUUACCGCAUCACUCAACUCAUUGACGUGUGGUUUGGCGCCCAUCCGUUGGCCAUGGCCCUCUCCAAGACGCUGCUGCUGCGUGACGUCCGAAGCAAUGCCUACGACCCUCUGCUUCUUGCUGUCAUUCUGGGAGGUGCGCUACUUGAGUUGGAGGAUGCAGAAGCUCGAGUGGAAUCUGAACAGCUCCUACAGUGGGCGUCAUCACGAUUACAAUACAUUUCAACCUCUUCGGCCGACCUGUCGACGGCACAGGCUCUGAGUUUGCUGGCAUGGCAUGAGACGUGUCAGGGGAACAUCUUCCCGGCGAUGGCAUACAGCAUCUACGCAAAUCGCACGGUGACUCGAUUGACGAUGGAUACCUUGGCGCGGUCCUCGCGGGACGUCCGCCAAAUCAACGGGAUCAAUCUGGUGCAGAUCGAGCUGGAGAUGAUGUAUAUUCUCGGGUGGAUGACGCUCGCUCUGAUGGUCUGGUCGUUCACGCAUCUGAACAUCGUUGACGACAGCUUGCCGGCGCUCGCGAUGAUGCACGAGCACCCGCCCAUGAACAAGGACGCCUCGUUAGUACUCCAGCUCGAUAAAGCCGCGGACAACCUGUCGACACUCCCGUAUCAAUGGGCCUGGAUCCAGGAGAUCUGGACCAUCAGUCACAUCACGUCGGCGGCCGUGCAUCUCAACUCGAUCUUCCCCCGACAGUCUAGCGGGCCGACGUCACCCUUAUCCCAGCCCAACUCCUGGCAGACGCAGCUGCACCAACAACUCCGCAAUAUCCAACUCUACAAGGUCGACAUUGGAAACCUCUGCAGCGAGGCCCGCGCCGUGCUGGCGCGGAACGUGCAGAUCAUCGAAGCCAACAUGGAGGACCAGGUCGCACAGACAUGGAUCCUGACCGCGUACCGGACCUUGCUCAUCCACCUCCUCUUUCCGCGAAUGGAGACCUUGGCUGUCACCGCCGAUAUCGUCCAGAAUCUUACUGACUGCCUCAUGUUCUUUCUGCGCAGCUUUCCGGUUCUCGUCAACAUCUCGACCACCCACGCGCUACCCCGGUCGAGCACCCAAUCGUGUGUCCGGUCCUACAUGGCGGGCCUGGCAGCGUGCGGCAGCGCCAUCGACACGCUUCUUCUCUUGUCGCACAAACAGCUGCAAUGCUGGGAGCCGGGGGUCCUCCAGGGGCUGGGGCGGCUGUUGGAGCAGACAACCCGGCUGGACUCGCUGUUCGCAGACGACACGCUGCUGACGGACUGGCGGUGGCGGAGAGUGCAAGAGCGGUUCCACCGACUGUCCAAGUACAAAACGGAGCUGACGGUGACGGAACCGGGGCCGAUGGUACCGUUGUAUACGGCGGCCGAGUUGCCGUAUGUGCCGGGGUAUAUUUCCAUCGAGCAGCCGACGUUUCAUGAGAUAUAGAAUUGUGACAUAGGACUGGAUAUAGAUUUUG